AGUUAAAAAUUAUUAUAUCAUUUAAGUAAUAGCAUUCACACUUAAAAUGACUGAAAAAAUAUGGAAAGUUCAAUUUUGUUUUUUAGUAAUAUUAUUUUAUAUUGAUGCUUUUAAACUUGAAAAAAUAAAGAUUAAAAAUGACAAACACUGGAAAGUAAACGUCAUAAAAAAUCAUUUGAAAAAACACAAGUCAUUAGAAGGAAUAGUGAGGCUAGUAAAUUCUAACAAUGAAAACGAAGGAAACAUUGAAAUUCUACAUUCAGGUUUAUGGGGUACAAUUUGUGAUGACGAAUGGGAUAUACUAGAUGGACAAGUAGUUUGUCGACAACUUGGUUUUAAACAAAUACGCAAAAUAACCCACAACUCAUUUUUUGGACAAGCAUCACGAAAAUAUUGGAUCGAUAAUAUUCGUUGUACUGGUCAGGAGUCUGAGCUGACUGAUUGUCAAUUUAGCAACUGGGGUGAAAAUGAUUGUGAUUCAUCUGAAGCUGCCGGUGUAAUAUGCGAAAAAAACUAUUUAGAUCAAAAUAAUACUAUGACCCCAAUGUUUGAAACAAAACUCAAAAAAUUAAAAAUUAAGGAAACUUACGGGUCCAAUCUGAAAUUAAGAUUGUCAGGAGGAUCAACUAACAAUGAAGGUAGAAUUGAGAUAAAAAUAAAUGGUGAUCGGUGUUGACUCUUCUCUAUUCUUUCUUCUGUCAUUGACCGUGCUAGGGUGCACACAUUUGUUGUUUUAUUGACAUAUUUUUCAAUGAUGGAGUAGAGCCGCCAACGGCGAACGGCCAGGUCUUUUCGGCGAAGCAUCCAGACCAUCGGAUGGGUCUCUUCGGAGACCGGGUAUCGUUUUCUUUUUUAUAUUAUAUUUAUGUAAUGAGCUAUAUUUUAUUAAUUAUUUUAUUUCAUUUUAUUUUAUUGUAAAUUAACUUAAUUUUGUUUAUGUGUGGAGAGCACGUGUUUCCCUUUUCUUCUAGCCAACGCUAAGGAGCGAGUGUCCAGACCGCUCCUGGUGUUCUUCAUUAAUUUCCGGUUAACAUUAACGGAUGUGUUCCAAUACCGUCCGUGAUGUUUGUAAUAUUAUUUGUUUAAAUAUUUUAUUUUAUUUGUAUUGCCUUUAUUUGUAGACAUGGUUUUUGAUGCAUUCGCAUUUUUGUCCAUGUUUAACUUAAUUUUCUUUUUUUAACAAUUAAAUUAAAUUUCCUUAUUAAUUUCAA